ACGUAAAAUGCAGGACGACCUUUCCAGCAAUCCACAGCCAGGCAGCCACUGAGAAAAACCUAAAGCUAACACUCGUUCCGCCGCCAUUCGCAGUCCCCAAGGCCGGAAGCGCCGUCGCCGCCUAGUCCGCCACGCUCCUCGCCGUCCGUAGAUCCGGCCUCGCCGUCCGCGCCGACCCCUCCGGCCUCGCCGACUCGCUGUCCACGCCGCCCCCUCCUCUCGCACUCCUAGUCUUCCUCCUCCUCCGGUUCCGGUCCUCCCCUGGCCCUGGACCCCUCUUACAUUGAAGUAUACAAUUUGGGGUUUCAUCGGCAUAAGGGUAGGCUACAGUAGGAAAGGAGUGGAGGGAUCUCUAAUGACAGGUGGAUCGAGUGUGGUGGUGGUAGACAAUGGGGGUGGCCUUCUGAAGGCUGGCUUUGGCGGGGACAAGGAUCCAAUUGCUGUUGUCCCCAACUGUAUGGCCAAACCCCCUGGUGGCAAUACGAAUUCCAAGAAAUGGCUUGUGGCUGACCAGCUGCAGGCCGAAGAUGUUGACGUGACUGGCAUGACAUUGAAGCGUCCUAUUGAUCGUGGCUAUCUUAUCAAUAUGGAGGUCCAAAGGGAGGUGUGGGAACGGGUUCUACGUAGCCUGCUGCAGGUGGAUCCUACCAACUCAUCCUUGUUACUGGUGGAACCCAUGUUCAACCCUCCAGCACUUCAGCAUGCAACUGAUGAGCUUGUGUUCGAGGAAUUUGGCUUCAACUCUCUUUGCGUCGCAGAUGCCCCUUCCCUUGUCCACCUUUACGAGGCUAGCAGUCAACCGACGCUCUUUCGUGCUCAAUGCAGCCUUGUUGUUGACUGUGGCUUCUCCUUCACUCACGCAUCCCCUGUGCUACAGAACUUCACUCUGAAUUAUGGUGUGCGCCGUAUGGACCUUGGUGGCAAGGCCCUUACAAACUAUCUCAAGGAGCUCAUAUCAUACCGUUCUCUUAAUGUCAUGGAUGAAACUCUUCUCAUUGAUGACGCAAAGGAAAAGCUGUGCUUUGUCUCCCUUGAUGUCCCUGGUGAUCUUCGCCUUGCCAGGUCAUCAUCUAAGGACAACCCUUUUAGAUGUUCCUACAUUCUCCCUGAUGGCAUAACAUACAAGAAAGGGUUUGUCAGGGACAUGGAUGAAGCACUUAGAUACUGCUCUCUGCCUCUCGAUGGAAAAUCGUAUAGAAAAGACCAUGACAUGGAUACAGACAAGUUCGAGGAUCGGAAAAAGCUAGAAUUAAGUCAAAAUGAAUUUGUCUUGACCAAUGAGAGGUUCCUCGUUCCGGAGAUGCUUUUUCAUCCAAUUGAUCUUGGUAUGAAUCAAGCUGGGCUUGCUGAGUGUAUAGUUCGUGCUGUACAAGCCUGCCAUCUAUAUCUUCAACCAGUGCUUUUCGAGAGCAUCAUCUUGACAGGUGGAAGCACAUUGUUCCCCAGAUUCACUGAAAGAUUGGAGAGGGAACUUCGGCCUCUUGUCCCCGACGACUACCAGGUGAAGAUAAUUCGUCAAGAGAAUCCACUUCUUGGUGUCUGGAGAGGUGGAUCUAUUUUGGCGUCCAGCCCCUAUUUCGAAUCAAUGUGCGUCACAAAAUCAGAGUACGAGGAAAUGGGGUCAGCACGGUGUCGGCGAAGGUUUUUUCAUUGAAUAGUAUGACAACAGCUUCAUUUAGAAGAAGUGAGUGUGGCUUGUAAAUAUGAUGCAACAUGUCUUAGAUCAGGUGUCUGACAAUUCAGUCAUAUGCAAGUUGAAGUUUGGUUUACAGUAACUAAAUGGCGACUGAUGUUUUGCAAGCACCUUUCCAGUUCUGUAAUGGAAAGCUUUGAUUAA